AUAUUCAUGAGGCGCGCGCAGCCCAGCAUGUAAAUGAGGCGGGGCGCGGCGGCCGGCUAAGAAGGCUGCUGGGCGGCGGCGGCGGUUGCUGGCUCAGGGCAGCCCGGCGCGAGUGGUGUAGACCAGGGGUCACUGGCCAGCGCUAACCGGGACAUGGAGCCGUCCGGCGGGGGCCUGGGGCCCGGCCGAGGAACCCGGGACAAGAAGAAGGGUCGGAGCCCUGAUGAGCUGCCUGCGACGGGCGGCGACGGCGGCAAACCUAAGAAAUUUCUGGAGAGAUUUACCAGCAUGAGGAUUAAGAAGGAGAAGGAAAAGCCCAAUUCUGCCCAUAGAAACUCCUCUGCUUUGUAUGGAGAUGACCCCACUGCACAGCCAUUGCAAGAAUACACCGAUGAGCAAAUCCUACUCUUCUUUGAACAGAUGCUGGUGGAUAUGAACCUGAAUGAGGAGAAGCAACAGCCUUUGAGAGAGAAGGACAUUGUCAUCAAGAGGGAGAUGGUGUCCCAGUAUUUGCACGCUUCCUCGGCUGGCAUGAACCAGAAAGAAAGCUCUAGGUCUGCCAUGAUGUACAUUCAGGAGCUGAGGUCAGGCUUGCGGGAUAUGCAUCUGCUUAGUUGCCUUGAGUCCCUUCGAGUCUCUCUCAACAAUAACCCUGUCAGUUGGGUGCAGACAUUUGGUGCUGAGGGCCUAGCCUCCUUAUUGGAUAUUCUCAAACGACUCCAUGAUGAGAAAGAGGAGAUUUCUGGAAAUUACGACAGCCGGAACCAGCAUGAAAUCAUCCGCUGCUUGAAAGCUUUCAUGAACAACAAGUUUGGAAUCAAAACCAUGUUGGACACAGAAGAAGGAAUCCUACUGCUGGUCAGAGCCAUGGAUCCUGCUGUUCCCAAUAUGAUGAUUGAUGCAGCUAAGCUGCUGUCUGCUCUUUGUAUCCUACCACAGCCAGAUGACAUGAAUGAACGAGUUUUGGGGGCAAUGACAGAGAGAGCUGAAAUGGAUGAACUUGAACGCUUCCAGCCACUGCUGGAUGGAUUAAAAAGUGGGACCUCCAUUGCACUCAAAGUGGGAUGCCUACAGCUGAUCAAUGCUCUCAUCACUCCUGCAGAAGAAUUUGACUUCCGAGUUCACAUUCGAAGUGAACUAAUGCGCUUGGGGCUGCAUCAGAUGUUGCAGGAGCUUCGGGAGAUUGACAAUGAUGAUAUGAGAGUACAGCUAAACGUGUUUGAUGAACAAGCGGAGGAAGAUUUAUAUGAUCUGAAGGGACGGCUAGAAGACAUUCGCAUGGAGAUGGAUGACUUUGGUGAAAUCUUCCAGAUUCUUUUGAACACAGUGAAAGACUCAAAGGCAGAGCCACACUUCCUGUCCAUCCUGCAGCAUCUCCUAUUGGUUCGAAAUGAUUAUGAGGCUAGGCCACAGUACUAUAAAUUGAUUGAAGAAUGUAUUUCUCAGAUAGUUCUACACAAGAAUGGAACUGAUCCUGACUUCAAGUGCCGGCACCUCCAGAUUGAUAUUGAGGGAUUGAUUGAUCAAAUGAUUGAUAAAACAAAGGUGGAAAAAUCUGAGGCCAAAGCUACAGAGCUAGAAAAAAAGUUGGACUCAGAGUUAACAGCCCGGCAUGAGUUACAAGUAGAAAUGAAAAAGAUGGAACAUGACUUUGAGCAGAAACUUCAGGAUCUGCAAGGAGAAAAGAAUGCACUGGAUUCCGAAAAGCAACAGAUUGCUACAGAAAAACAAGAUCUAGAAGCGGAGGUGUCGAAGCUGACCGGAGAGGUUGCCAAGCUGUCAAAAGAGCUAGAAGAUGCCAAGAAGGAAAUGGCUUCUCUCUCUGCUGUAGCUGUUGCUCCUUCUGUUUCUAGCAGUGCUGCUGUUCCCCCUGCCCCGCCUCUGCCUGGUGACCCUGGCACUGUUAUUCCACCUCCCCCACCCCCACCUCCUCUUCCUGGAGGUGCCGCCAUCCCCCCACCUCCUCCUCUGCCUGGAGGUGCUAGUAUACCAGCUCCCCCACCUUUGCCUGGCGUCCCCCCACCCCCUCCCUUGCCUGGAGGACUAGGACUGCCUCCUCCCCCUCCCCCUUUGCCUGGAGGCCCUGGCAUUCCUCCUCCUCCACCUGGAAUAGGCGUGCCUCCACCUCCCCCCUUUGGAGUUGGGAUUCCUGCAGCCCCAGUUCUGCCAUUUGGAUUAACCCCUAAAAAAGUUUAUAAGCCAGAGGUGCAGCUCCGGAGGCCAAACUGGUCCAAGUUCGUGGCUGAGGACCUUUCCCAGGACUGCUUCUGGACAAAGGUGAAAGAAGACCGCUUUGAGAACAACGAACUUUUUGCCAAACUUACCCUUGCCUUCUCUGCCCAGACCAAAACUUCCAAAGCCAAGAAGGAUCAAGAAGGUGGAGAAGAAAAGAAAUCUGUGCAAAAGAAAAAAGUAAAAGAGCUAAAAGUGUUGGACUCAAAGACAUCCCAGAAUCUCUCAAUCUUUUUGGGUUCCUUUCGCAUGCCCUAUCAAGAAAUUAAGAAUGUUAUCCUGGAGGUGGAUGAGGCUGUUCUCACAGAAUCUAUGAUCCAGAACCUCAUUAAACAGAUGCCAGAACCAGAACAGUUAAAAAUGCUCUCUGAACUGAAGGACGAGUAUGAUGAUCUGGCUGAGUCAGAGCAGUUUGGCGUGGUGAUGGGCACAGUGCCCCGUCUUCGACCUCGCCUCAAUGCCAUUCUCUUCAAGCUACAAUUCAGUGAGCAAGUUGAGAAUAUCAAGCCAGAGAUCGUGUCUGUCACUGCUGCUUGUGAGGAACUGCGUAAGAGUGAGAACUUCUCCAACCUCCUGGAGAUCACCCUGCUUGUUGGAAACUAUAUGAAUGCUGGCUCCAGGAAUGCUGGUGCUUUUGGCUUCAAUAUCAGCUUCCUCUGUAAGCUCCGAGACACCAAGUCUGCAGAUCAGAAGAUGACAUUGUUGCAUUUCUUGGCUGAGUUAUGUGAGAAUGACUACCCUGAUGUCCUCAAGUUUCCUGAUGAACUUGCCCAUGUAGAGAAAGCCAGCCGAGUUUCUGCUGAGAACUUGCAGAAGAACUUAGAUCAGAUGAAGAAACAGAUCGCUGAUGUGGAACGUGAUGUUCAGAACUUCCCUGCUGCCACAGAUGAAAAGGACAAGUUUGUUGAGAAAAUGACUAGCUUUGUGAAGGAUGCACAGGAGCAGUAUAACAAGCUGCGGAUGAUGCACUCUAACAUGGAGACUCUGUAUAAGGAGCUAGGCGACUACUUCGUCUUUGACCCUAAGAAAUUGUCUGUGGAAGAAUUCUUUAUGGAUCUGCACAACUUUAGGAAUAUGUUUUUGCAAGCAGUCAAAGAGAAUCAGAAGCGCCGGGAAACCGAAGAAAAGAUGCGGAGAGCAAAACUAGCCAAGGAAAAGGCAGAGAAAGAACGACUGGAGAAACAGCAGAAGCGAGAGCAGCUCAUAGACAUGAAUGCAGAGGGAGAUGAGACAGGUGUGAUGGACAGUCUUCUGGAAGCUCUGCAGUCGGGGGCAGCAUUCCGACGAAAGAGAGGGCCCCGUCAAGUCAACAGGAAAGCUGGGUGUGCAGUCACAUCUCUGCUAGCCUCGGAGCUGACCAAGGAUGAUGCCAUGGCUGCUGGUUCUGCUAAGGUGCCCAAGAAAAGUGAAGGAGUCCCCACAAUCCUUGAAGAAGCCAAGGAGCUGGUUGGCCGUGCAAGCUAAGCUGGGCUCUAUGGCCAUUGCUGCUCCUAAGUGAAGCCCAGACUGUCUACCUGCAGCAUGUGCCUAAACGGUCAAGGGAACAUCCCUCUGCAGUGGCCACUCCAUCACCUGACCCUGAUUUUCUGUCUGGCCUGCUGCUCUCUGAACAUCACACACAGCUUCAGCUUCCUGGAGGCCAGAAGGAAAGGGCAGUGUAGGGGUGGCCUGAGCCCAGCCCAGCCAACCCUGGCUGUGGUAUUACCAAAGCAGGGUCCGUGUGUGCUGCCUUAACCCUGUCUCCUCCAUGUUAUCCAGAGAUCCUGGUCUCAGACUGAACCCAGCCUGCUUUCUCAGCCCCACUUCCUAGUGGGCCUUCCCCUAGGUCAAUCUUGCUGGAUUUGUGCUUUUCUUUUGUGGUUUCUCUGGCCCUGAGAAUAGCAUGGGACUUGUGAACCUUUGGGCUAGAUCCUUUCGCUGCUGUCACCUCUGCUUUUCCUCCUGGCAGUUAUUUAUUACUAGUGCUGUGGCAUUGGGAACUGCUUCUGCAAAAGCAGGAAGCAAAUCCCAUCCUUACCCCCACUUUCCUGGGAAAAGUCUCCCAGGCAAAGGGUCUCAACCACUCUCCUUGUUCCACUGUGGCCCAGGUCUGAGCCAUAGGCAGGUAGCUAGGGCAUAGCGACAGUGUGGGGCCCGCCCCCUGCCCGCUGCCAUGCUUUGUGCCCUUGCCUCCCUGGGCCCUCUGCACCAGCCCUUCCCCCACCUCCACCCUGCAACUGAGCCCCCCUCCCCUAUGCCUUCCCCAGAGCUUUGGUGCAUCUCAUUUGGAGUGUGGGCUGUAGUGUGACCAUCCCAACACCUCACCCCCUCCAUCCAAGGAAAUGGGAGGUGGAGCCUCCUGGCUGAGAACUUGUUUUGCAAAUGGAUCUAUUUUUAUAUGAAAAAAUUUUUUAAGAAAAUAAUUUUGAUCCAUUCCCCCUCCAUGAUAAAAGAGGCUUUGAUGGUAGGUUCAAGUAUUCCUGGGGUCAGUCCUGAACAUGGUCUAGGUGUUGACCCCAUCCCUCAAGACUUAAACCCUGAGGCCAAGGCAGACCCUACCCUAGCAUCAAUUCUGGGGCAAGAUCAUUUGUCUGGUUGGGCUGGGCUAUACCGUAGGAUAGCAAGAGCUCCAAUCCUGUGUUUUCAUGAAUGUAUUAAAUUAUCAAGCCAAACGUGCAGAUGCUAAGUGGAUGCUGAGAAGUGGCACAGGGUUGUACCUCCCCACCCCCACCCUGAAGUAUAGAAGCAACAAGUCAGACUGGGUGGCCCAAACCUCAGGAAGCUCAGAUUCUCUGACUUAGGGUCACUUUCUUGUCCUUAGCCCCUUUCAUUUUCCCCUCUGAUGCUACAGAGAAGGAAUGAUAGAUACUGUCCAGGCUUGACACAGGAUUCGAGUUGCCAGAGCAUGGGGGAGUUUAGGAAAUGCAAGGGCCAGUACAGGCCCUUGUGGCCAGGGAGGAUGGUUUGGGUUGCUAGAGCUCCUGGGCUACUUCCUGAGAAGACUGAUGCAGGGUCUGGUUCUUACCUGAGCCACCUCCUUGCUAGCUGACAUCUGGGACUUUGACCCUUUUCUUUUUUAAUCACUUUUGCUAAAAUGCAUUUAAUUAAAAAAAAUUUUUUUAAGUAGAGGGGGCAAAAUGCAAACUCCUUGCCUCUUGGGCUUCUGGGAUGUCAUCACCUCCAGUUUGAUGGAUUUGUUUCCAACUGUCAAUAAAGCAUUGAAACAGAA